AUGGGAAACUCACCUAAUACACUUGAAGAAUGGAGUAUACACCUCACCGAAUAUUGGAAAACUCCAAUAUUACACAAAAACACACACGUCCUCAUUAAACCAAAUGAAAUCAUGAAAAACAACAAAAAUAACAGUUUCCCCAUGUGUUUUAAUACUAAAACAACAGUCCCUAUGAAAAACACAAAUAAAAAUAAUAAUAACACAAGUACACAACCUACUAGUAUUCCGAUUUCUAGUUUUCAGCAUUCUGAAAACAAGAAAAACAUCCUCAACAAUACUUCAAUUAAUAAUUCAAUUAAUACUGUCACACUAUCACAUAAUAAAUUAUAUUUGCACACAAAAAUCUAUGACCAAUCAAAUUUGUGGAUCACAAGUGACAUUACACAAACAGUGUUGCGCUUUGCUUUGGCAUUUUUGGCUGAGAAGGUGAAAUAG